AUGGCCUUGACGGGAUGCAGGACGCGCCGUGUCCGCUGGACGCCUAAUGCCCAUCUUGUAAACUGGUCCGCGACCUUCGGUACCUUGUGGAGCAUCAACACUGGUGCUUAUCAAUGCGGACGUUAUAUUGUACGCUGGAUUGCGGCUCUUGGGAGACUCUUGAUUUCACUCCCGUCACCCCAAAACGAUCUGGUGGAUAUCUGCUUGGUUUCUAUAGGUGCUGUGUAUUACCUGUUCAAGAUGAAUGGAAUAACCUCAACCUCGUUACCCUCACCUCGUUACCACUUCGAGCCCAUUGCGGUGAUUGGGUUUGCCUGCCGGCUUCCAGGAAACAACAACUCCCCCACAGCACUAUGGGACUUCCUCGAACGUGGCGGAGUGGCGAGUCGGGCUGUUCCAGCUUCGCGCUUCAACUUGGCAGGCCACGAGAACGGCAGCAAGCGGCCGGGUACAAUGCGCACGCCGGGGGGUAUGUUCCUUGAGAGUAUCAAUCCGGCGGAUAUCGAUGCCCAGUUCUUCGGCCUCUCCCGUGCGGAGGCCACGGCGAUGGAUCCGCAGCAGCGCCAGUUGUUGGAGGUCGUGUAUGAGGGACUGGAGAAUGCCGGGAUCACGCUGGAGCAGCUGAGAGGACAGGAUGUUGGAUGUUUCGUGGGGAGUUAUGCGUCUGACUAUGGCGAUAUUCAGGCCAGGAAUCCGGACGAUCGGGCGCCUAAUUCAACCGUGGGUAUUGGACGCGCUAUGCUCAGUAAUCGAUUGAGCCAUUUCCUGGAUAUCAAGGGACCGAGUAUGACCAUCGACACAGCAUGCUCCGGCAGCCUAGUCAGCUUGGACGUAGCUACGCGAUACCUGCAAACGGGGGAGAUUAGAGCCGCAAUAGUAGCCGCGUGCAAUCUGUACAUGAGCCCGGAGCACUGCAUUGACAUUAGCAGCAGUAUCAUCAACGCUGCCUCUCUCACGGGCCUCUGCCAUACGUUUGACGCCAAAGCCGACGGAUAUGUAAAGGCCGAAGCGGUUAACAUGGUUAUCAUCAAGCGACUGCAGGACGCUAUCCGUGACCGAGACCCGAUCCGGUCUAUUAUUCGUGGAUCGGCUUCUAACAGUGAUGGCUGGACCGCUGGAAUUGCGAGUCCGAGCUCGGAAGGACAGGCCGCUGUGACUCGACAGGCGUAUCGUAUUGCGGGUAUUGCUGACUUCAACGCCACUUCAUAUGUCGAAUGCCAUGGGACGGGGACCCGAGCUGGAGAUCCAAUCGAGGUCAAAGGGGUGGCGUCCGUGUUUUGUCCGGAGAGGCCUGCGGAAAGGCCGUUGUUGAUCGGCUCGGUCAAAAGCAACAUCGGCCACUCUGAGCCUGGCGCUGGCAUCUCUGGCUUGUUGAAGACAAUUCUUGCAUUGGAGAAAAGUGUCAUUCCCGGAAACCCUACUUUUGAGACACCGAACCCCGAGAUUGACUUUGACGGCCUGAAGACGCGCGCUUUUCAACAUGCCACUCCGUGGCCCAGCAUGCCUUUCAAGAGGGCGAGCGUGAACUCCUUCGGAUACGGCGGCUCUAACGCCCAUGUAAUCUUGGACGAGGCAAAGACUGGCGUAUCUGCAUCAGAAAUGUGCUUCAAGUCGUCCUAUUUACCUGAAGACCAUGAUCCAUUCGAAGAAUGCGAGGAAAAUGAGAAAUGCUUUCCCCAACUGCUAGUUUUUUCAGCCAAUGACGAGAAAUCGCUCCAGGAGUAUAUUCGCGCUCUGAGAGCCCACCUAAUCAACCCCCGCGUGCGGAUCUCAUUGCAGGACCUGGCGUAUACGCUAUCGGAGCGGCGGUCUCGGCAUUUCAAUCGUGCAUUUCUUAUCACACAGACCAGUCUCAAUCUCGAUCUCCAUGGUUUGGUCUUUGGGAAACUGCGGUCGAGCUCCCCACGAGUAGGUUUUAUCUUCACGGGCCAAGGGUCUCAGUGGCCUCAAAUGGGGAAGUCUCUUCUGGAUAUGUUUCCUUCAGGAAGGGGUCAGCUCGCUCGUCUAGACAGGGCACUGCAGUUGCUUCCUGACCCGCCGGAAUGGUCGUUGUACGGUGCAGGUCACCACGUUCUUGAAGAACUUCUCCAGGCACAUAGGGAUUCAAUCGCCGUUGCCUGCAUCAACUCCCCCGAGAGCGUGACAUUGUCAGGCCCUUUGAAUGUGCUCAAAACGGCGAAUAUGGUAAUCCAGGAGAAGGGAUACUUCGCUCGUCUUUUGCAGGUCAAUAUGGCUUACCAUAACCCCAUGUUUAUGACAGACAUUACUGCGCAGUAUAAGCAGAUGUUGCAUGGUUUGGGGCUGGACUCAAUGUCGUCACCGGUGUCAAAAGCAACUAAGGAACAACGUACAGUAAAAAUGUUCUCCUCCGUGACGGGGUUGGAGACGAUGGGUCCUUGCAAUGUCGAGUAUUGGUGUUCAAAUAUGCAAUACCCCGUUCAGUUCAACCAGGCAGUCCGGAUGAUGCUAAGCGACGAGAAGCAACCGAUCAAUUUCCUCAUUGAACUUGGCCCGUCGGGUGCGCUCGCUAGCCCUACCAAGCAGAUAAUACAGUCUAUGCGCGACAAGAAACCAGAUCUCGCCAUUGAAUACCAUGCCGCAUACAAGCGUGACGUGGUUACCGCAGCUAUGGGGCUAUUUGAAGUGGCAGGGCAUCUUUAUCUGUCAGGUGGUGCGGUCGACAUCGAGCAGGUUAAUUCACACCACGCGCACAGGGAGAAAGAUCAGCAUCAGCCGUCCGUAAUCGUUGAUCUUCCCAACUACGCCUGGAACCACUCGAUAAAAUACUGGUAUGAGAGCCAGUCCAGUCGAGAUUGGCGGUUCAGGCACUAUCCAAACCACGAUCUGCUUGGUAGCAAGAUUCUAGGGACGUCGUGGUUUGCGCCCUCAUUCAAGAAGGUCCUGCGCCUUGCAGACCUGCCAUGGCUGAGGGACCAUCGGGUCGCUGGCCAGCCACUGUUUCCGGCGGCUGGGUAUAUUGCUAUGGCCGUUGAAGCAGCUUACCAGACUGGUCAGCGCAGCGGGAUGAUCGACACGGGCCUAAAAGUCUCGCAAGUACCGUAUAGGUUCCGCAAUAUCAAGUUUGUCAGAGCGCUGGUUUUGGAUGAGGCUGCACCGUCGACGUUGAUGCUUUCAAUGAGUCCUGAGCGUGGCUGGUAUAAGUUCUCGGUCUACACGGCGGAUGGCGAGAGUGUCCCAACUAUUCACUGUGAAGGGCUGGUCUCUCUCCAUGUUGAAGUCGGCAAAGCUCCACCCUCAAGCGCCUUUAAGCAGUUGCUCUACCCCACUCCCGCCAGGUUAUGGUACAAGGCCAUGGACAAAGUCGGGUACAAUUUCGGUUCAGCCUUUCAAACACAGCUGCAAAUCGAAUCCGUGGUAGGGACUCGACAAAACAGAGCCCUAGUGUCGUUUUUAGAGCCUCAAUCAGCGUACGCUCAAUCACUCUACUCCAUCCACCCGGCCGUCCUGGAUGGUUGUUUGCAGUCCGGGGCUCCGGCGCUCUGGAACGGGGUACGGAGUGCAGUGCGAGAAUGCCUUGUGCCGGCCAUCAUAGAGGACCUUGUCAUCAGUGCGCGACAGACCGCUGCCAGAUCAGGAGCCUCGGUCUGCUCUGCCGAGUAUUCGGGCGUUGGGUCGCGAGACGAACCAUGCUCGUACAAGUCGAAUAUCAUCGUUUCAGACCCGGCCACGGGAGAUACGCUAAUCAGGGUCAGGGGUCUGGCAUAUUCGGCACUUGACCGAGAGGAAGCUUUCAGCCAAUUUACCCCUAGCAUGCGGUUGGAAUGGAAACCGGAUAUAUCUUUCCUUUCCCGCAACCAAUUGUAUAGAAUUCUGGACACUUGCGACACCAGAUUUGCGCCCUAUAGUGCUCAUGAUGAUUCUAGAGCACUGUCAUUUAUCAGCCUGCUUCUUCACAAGAAACCAGCGCUACGUGUCGUGGAAUUCAACAUAGCACCAUCGACGGACAGCAGCUUUUUUGCCAUCCUUGGCCAUAUCCCGUUUACCGCAAAAGGUGCUGUAGAGUAUCACUUUGUGUCCAAUAACGCCGCUGCCCUUGUGGCUUUUCAAGGAAUGGCCGACGGCUGUGGACUGCCAAACGUCCAACUGAGCGCUCUGGACGUGUCUCGGCUUGAUAUAGACUCCCAUCUGCUCGGAGACAAGGCGGACUUGGCUGUACUGAACACAGACCAUCAAAUUUGUGGAGAAAAGCUGCAUAACGCCAUUGUUAACAUCGCAGCCAUUCUCCGGAAGGGUGGCUUUAUCCUUAUUCUUGCGCAUCAGUCGUCGACGAACCAGGUCCAGGCGCGGCCUUGGGACGGGCACUCGGCAAGCAUCAACGAUGCACUCGGCCGCCAUGGGUUCAAGAAAUCAGUGGCGUUUGAUAUGGGUACUGAAACACACGCUAUUGUGGGUCAAUUGUUGUUGCCCGUUCGCGAGCCCUCUGCUGAACUCCAGGUCAGCCUGGUUCUUCUGUCGAGCUCGACAGAUUCUGCUCUGGCCAGCCAGAUGCUUGCUGAGUCCGGAGUCACAGUGGCCGGUAUCCAUUAUCUACCGCUCGGAGAAAUCCGAAAAGAUUUGAUCAUACUAAUAACCGAUGAAAUGUUUAAGCCGGUGCUCGCCGAGGUCACGCAGGAGCAGUGGGGAGCCAUCCAGCGAAUCCUCGCCUUUGGUUGCAAGAUCGUCUGGGUUACUUCCGGUGCUCAAAAAGAUGUUGUCAGUCCACUCCAGGCUCUGGUCUCUGGUCUGUCCAGAGUCGUCCGGGCCGAAGAUCCAACUAUCAGCUUCACUCUCCUCGACGUAGAAUCUCCGUAUAGCAAAAAGUCCUUCCGAGCGAUUGCUGACGUGCUUGAGAGAGUUGACAAUGGAAACACCUCAAGUGGUCUGGUUGAUGAAGAGUAUGAGUAUGUGGAGCGCGGCGGCAUCGUUCAUGUGAGUAGAGUCUACCCUGAUAUUGCAAGCGGAGGCGAUGGCAAAGCCGUGAUCCAAAACCUUCACAACCACGCCUCCUGUGUUCGCUUGACAUGCCAGGCGCCUGGGUUCUUGGAAUCACUACAAUUUACAGAAACUGGGCCCAGUGAGGCUGUUGUGCCAGACGGCUUUGUCGAGGUGGAGAUGCACGCAGCAGGCCUCAACUACAAGGACGUCGCAACAGUUCUCGGGAUCGUCCCUGAAAACCAGUACCUGCUCGGAUUGGAAGGAGCUGGGGUCAUACGGCGCAUUAGGCAUCACGCAGGAGACAGCCCCUUUUACAUUGGGCAGAGGGUGGCUAUUUGUCGACGGGGCAGUUUUGCCAACAGGGUGCAAUGUCCCAUCGAGGGUAUCCACGCUAUUCCGGACUGGAUGAGUUUCGAAGAAGCAGCUACAAUCCCCAUUGUAUAUCAGGCUGCACUGUAUAGCCUUGUUGACCUUGCCAAUGUCCAGUGGGGGCAGUCUGUGCUUAUUCACUCAGCAGCUGGAGGACUUGGUAUUGCUGCGAUCCAGUUGUGUCAGUAUCUGGGCGCGGAGAUCUAUGCUACUGUGGGAAGUGACGAGAAGCGGGAAUUCCUUAUCAGAGAAUUCAACUUAUCACCCGACCGGCUCUUCUCGUCUCGAGAUACGGUAUUCGCAUCUUGCAUUAUCGAGCAGACUGGCGGAAGGGGGGUGGACGUUAUCCUCAACACCUUAACGGGUAGCUUGCUAGACGAGUCAUGGCGCAUCAUAGCAGCUCACGGCACGAUGGUCGAGCUGGGGAAGAAGGAUAUCCUUGAUCGAAAUAGUCUUUCCAUGGAACCCUUCAAUCGCAAUGCCUCGUAUCGUGCCUUUGACCUGUCGCAUCCGAGCAUCACACGCCCUUUGGUUGCAAGGCUUUUAAAGCGUAUAUUCGAUCUGAUACACGGAGGCCACAUUCGGCCGAUUGCACCGCGGACUGUCUACGCGUACAGCAACAUCGCAGCGGCCAUCCGUUACAUGCGGGGCGGUGCCCAUAUCGGUAAAAUCAUCAUCUCUCGAGACGCGCCCCAGAACUGCACAGAUGUGCCAGUGAUGCCCGUGCAGAAAAGUCUCAAGCUGCGGGGUGAUGUCUCGUACCUGAUAGUCGGCGGCUUGAAGGGUCUCUGUGGGAGCCUAGCAACAUACCUGGCCUGCCACGGAGCAAAGCAUAUAUCUGUAAUGUCCCGCAGCGAUUACACAGACGAUAAGUCAAAAGCUGUUCUGAGAGACCUCACUUUGCUAGGCGUCAACUGCAGUCUAGUUCGCGGGGACGUGUCCGUCAAAGAUGAUGUUCAGAAAGCGUUCUGCAAAGGCUCACGCCCGCCAGUCGCGGGAGUCAUCCACGGGGCCAUGGUUCUGAAAGACACAAUUUACACCUCCAUGACAGCUGCCCAGUUCCACGAUGCCCUGCGCUGCAAGGUCCAGGGAACCUAUAACCUGCAUGAUGUUGCGCUCCAACUCGGACUCGACCUCGACUUUUUCACCCUCUUGUCCAGCCUCUCCGGCCUUGUAGGCCAUAAGGGCCAAGCCAACUACGCUGCAGCCAGUGCAUUUUUAGACUCAUUUGCCCUCUACCGCCGGAGCAAAGGCCUCGCCGCUUGCUCAGUCGACCUCGGAAUCAUCGAUGAUAUCGGUUACAUGGCCGAACACGAGUCCAUCACUGACCGAUUGGAUACCGAGACCUGGAUCCCACUCAACGAGGUCCAGCUACACCGGAUCCUGUACACAUCCAUUCUUCAAGAACGGGAUCAGCGCAGCACUGGCACCAGCCAGCUAAUAACAGGCAUUGCGUAUCCUGCACCCGCUGUGCCUUCUGCGCUUUACCAAGACGCGCGUUUCACGGCCCUCUGCCAGAAGAGCGCAAACAGCAACAGCGCCAGUAUCUCCAUCAAAGGGGGGGCUCGUGACAUGCAGGUGCAGGCGCUACUAACCCUCGUUCAGGCCAAGGCCGACGCAGCCGUUCAGAUAGCGGCCAUGAUUGACGCCGCGAAUGCCCAUUUCAUGCGCAGCCUGGCUCUGUCUGAACCCAUGGAGGCUGCAAAGCCACUUGUGCUUUACGGACUGGACUCGCUAGCCGCGGUGGAGUUCCGGAAUUGGGCGCGCAGGGAGUUGAAUGUUGUGGUUAGUACGUUGGAUGUCCUGGGUGCUAAGACACUGAAUGCGCUUUGCGAGAUGAUGGUGGGGAGGUUGGCUGGCUAG